AUAAUACGAAGAAAAACAUGCAAUUCGUGAUAUUGUUUUGUGCUCUGAUCGCCACAGUAAGCAGCACGCCUUUGGAUGACUACGUGUGGAAAGACGAUGGCUAUUUCAAAUACGAGCUUCUUCGAGAUCGAACGUACAAAUCUCCAGGCGUUACGUCAUACACGCUAAAUAUGACGUCACAGAGAUGGCUGACAGAUGCUGAUACAACCAGGUCAAUAUGGUGGCAUUAUUUGAUCAUUAACAUUCCCGAUGUGUUCGAUCCUGCCAUGGAAAAUAGUGGAUACUUGCUUAUUGACGGCGGGGGUAACACAGACACUCCCCCGGAUACUACAGAUACAUUUGUUGAAUUUAUGAGUCUGAUUGCAGUAUCGACGGGAAGCGUAACUGCGGAUUUGAAACAAAUUCCAAAUGAGCAUUUGAUGUUCAAAGAAGACCCUGAAAAGAAAUCACGAACGGAAGAUGGAAUAAUCGCGUAUACCUGGAGACAUUUCAUCGACGAUCCUACAAAGCCAGAAUGGCUUCUACGUAUGCCCAUGACAAAAGCAUCAGUGAAGGCAAUGGAUGCAGUUACUGAUUUCGUCAACAAAACUGUUGGAAAAGUCGUUGAAAACUAUUGUGUUGGCGGUGCAUCUAAGCGUGGAUGGACUACUUGGACUACCGGCGCCGUUGAUUACAAACGAGUGAAAUGCAUUACUCCAAUUGUCCUUGACGUAUUGAACAUGGUUCCGAAUCUCCAUCAUCAUUACCGAGCAUACGGUGGAUGGUCUUUUGCAAUGGAGGAUUAUUACGAACAGAAUAUAACAAGAGAUUUAGAUCACCCUAACACACAGAAAAUGGCAGAUAUUGUGGAUCCCAUUUCUUACAAAGAUCGUCUGACUAUGCCUAAGAUGAUAUUUAAUUCUGGUGGUGACGAAUUCUUUCUUCCUGAUGAUUCUCAUUACUAUUUGACUGAGAUGGAAGGACCAACUUACGUGAAUAUGUUACCAAAUGCUGAACAUUCUUGUGCUGGGCACGAAUUGCAACUUUUCUUCAACAUAAAAGCGUUUUAUGUUAGUGUUAUGAAGGGGUUCACACUUCCACAAGUGUCUUGGACAUUUGCAAGUACAGCAACCGGUGGAAUUAUUGAAGUAACCAUGGAUACCAAACCUGUACUUGUCAGAUAUUUCCACGCUGUUUCGGAAUCUAAAACGAGGAGAGAUUUUCGUCUUCUCAAAGGAGGCCCCAACGGACCAACGCCUCAGGUUAAUUUGUGGGCUCACGCAAACGCUACUAAAAUAGAUGAAUUCCAUUACAAAGCAGAAAUAGAUAAUCCUUUCCAAGGUGGAUGGAGAGCUUUCUUUAUACAGAUGACAUUCCCUGGGCCUGAUGGGACUCACUUUGAAUGCACAACAGAAACCAACAUCAUACCAAGUAUCUUUCCAUUUCCAGAAUGUUAUGGGGACAACUGCUAUGGUACUUUGGUCUAAACUGUCUGCACCACUAAA